AUGUUUUAUACGGCACUGUUCGUAAAUAUCAUAAUAUACCAUGGAUUGUGGCGGAACCUUCUCAAACACUUGUUUAUCAAGACAUCCUCCUUCCCAAUAGGCUAG